CGCUAAGGAGACAUGGACGUGGCUAGCGCUAGUUAGCUAAUGAAGGGAGAAGAGUGAUUUUGGCGUUGCGAGAGAAGGCAGUAAAGCUUGAGGGUGAGAAUGAGCCGAGGGCGGGGAGUAAGAAAGAAAAUCAGCGUGGAGAAGACGGCAGACCUGGACUCGUUCAGCUCAGAUGUGGUCGAUGAAGUCAGGGAGCUCUUCAGCAAAAUAACCACGUACUCCAAGCCGGCGAGUGGGGAGUGGUGCAUCCCAGACCCAAACGAGGCCUUCAGGCAGGAGCCCGAGGAGUACAGCAGCCUGCAGGCUCUGAAGGCCUCCCUCAAUGAGGUCAAGAACCAGCUCAGCGACAAGAACCUGGAGGUGUGGCACCAGCACACGUCCUUCACCAACAGGGCCGGGAAGAUCAUCGCUCAUGUGCGCGCGACCACCAACGCCGAGAUCUGCACCCAGGCCUGGUGCAAGUUCUAUGAGAUCCUGGGCACCUUCGGGCUGAUCCCGGACAGGGCACUGCAGUGCGGGGAGCUCAACUCUGUUCACCUUUGCGAGGCUCCAGGGGCCUUCAUCGCCAGCCUCAACCACUACCUCAAGUCCAACUCCCUGUACUGUGACUGGAUGUGGGUGGCUAACACCCUCAACCCCUACCACGAGGCCAACGACAGCGGCACCAUGAUCACAGAUGACCGGCUCAUCGCCAACACCCUGCCCUGGUGGUUCUUCGGCUCCGACGACACCGGCGAUAUCAUGCUGCAGAAGCACCUCCUAGAGCUGCAGGCCUUCACGGCCAACAUGCGCAGCGUGGACCUGGUGACGGCCGACGGCAGCUUCGAUUGCCAGGGCAACCCGGAUGAGCAGGAGGCCCUGGUGGCCCCGCUGCACUACUGCGAGGCGGCGGCCGCUCUGCUGCUGCUGGGCCCCGGCGGCUCCUUCGUGCUGAAGAUGUUCACCCUGUACGAGCACUCCUCCGUCUGCCUGCUCUACCUGCUCAACUGCUGCUUCCGGUCCGUGCACGUCUUCAAGCCUGGCACCAGCAAGGCGGGAAACUCCGAGGUCUACGUCGUCUGCCUGGACUACUGCGCCAAGGACGCCCUCAGGCCCCUGCUCUCCAAGAUGAUCCGGAACUUCGGGCCGGACAUCACCCGGCGGGGGGCGCUGUUCCCCCGCCGCCUCAUCCCGGAGUCCUUCCUGCGGCAGCACGAGGAGGUGUGCGGGUACUUCCACCGGCUGCAGGUGCAGACGAUCGCGGAGAACCUGCGGCUGUUCCGCGGGGCGAGCGCGCAGGAGCGGCAGCGGAUCGGCCUGCUCAGGGACUGCGCCGUGCAGUUCUACAUGCAGCGCUUCCAGGUGCAGCACCUGCCCCGCGGCAGGUGGCUCUCCAGGAACGCCGUCCCGGGCUGCAGUGCCGGCGGGAAGCUGGCCGGCCACAGGAAGCAGGCCGGCUCCUUUAACGAGAGGAAGGAGCUGCAGUCCCUGGCCUGGACGGAGAGGCUCGACAGGGCUUGCGUGGACGAGCAUGUCCUGGAGACGCUGGGGAAAGACUGCGUGCUGGCGGGGCCAGCAGAGGACUGCAGCAUGGAUGCCUGGUAUGUCCUAGUGGGCGCUGUGAUACCGAAGGUCAGGAGUUCCCCCUUCUGUGAUCUGGACCUGCUGAGCCAGCUGAAUGAAGCCCUGGAGCAGUCGGGGUUGCUGAAGGGAAGUGGGGAUCCCCCAGCGCCACGCCCUGUUCCUCCCUGCAGCUCCUGCAGGGUUUCGACUCCCAACUCCCUGCUGUCUGAGCUGUGUGGCCGCCUUGGCAGCUCGCACGGGCAGCGGGUCCCGUGUCUGUGGGUGGGGAAUCCGUCCGCUCUCAGCGGUCUGCCGCAGAGGGAGGAGCUGCAGGUGGAGGUUUCCCAGCAGCCCCCGCUCCCCGCAGCGGGCCACGCAACCCUGCACGACGCCGAGCCGCGGUACCAGCGGGAGCUGCUGGCCUGUGUGCUGCACUCUCUGCACAGCCUCCAGGCCGGCGGCUGCCUGGUCCUCCCGCUGCUCUCCGCCCUCACCCGCUUCACAGCCGGGCUCGUCCUCGUCCUGCACCACUGCUUCCGGUCCGUCACCUUCCGCUGCCCCGCCUCCACCGAUGACAUGGGCGCGGUCGCCGUCCUGCUGUGCGCCGAUUACUGCCGCCCCCCCAGCAGCAGGCUGCUGGACUUCCUGAGGGACAUGCAGGGGCUCAUGUCCGGCCCCCCCGGGCCUGGCAGCCCACGCCAGGUCCUGCAGUUCGUGCCCAUGGAGGUCCUCCUGCAGGGAGCACUGCCGGACUUCCUGUGGACCAUGAACACCACCAUCGCCAGGCACAGGCUGCACCUGCUGGUCCAGGCCGAGCAGUGCGCCGCCAUGGUGACCCCUUAGUCAACCCCCCUCCGCGGCACCCAAACAGUGUCGGCCAUGGCUGCCACUUAGGAACGGCAAAGCUGGAGCUUAUUCUCCCUGCUGUCUGUGAUUUACCUACUGCUGCAGGAAAAUAAGAUGAUCAGCUUACCGCAAAACUAGAAACAGAGUGUCUUUGGGAGGAAAAAGUGGGCCAGUUCAUUUUGCGUCAGGGGAAUCACUCGCAUCUGUUUGGUGACAGGACGGAAGGUGUUGCUCAGCGUAUUCUUGCCUGCCGUGCUGUACUGCACACACGGACUGUUUCCUUAAGCUGUUUCAGGUACAGAUUAGUUCCCCUGCAUGUAUUUUUAUACAAUAUUUUGUAAGCAAUUUGUUUUAUUUCUAUAUGCAGUACAGAACAUUCACACAUAAAAUUCCUCAUUCUUUAUAUUUGAGAC